AUCAUUACAAACCCUAGAUUUACGCUCUGAUUUGUUUUACUCAAUUUCCAUUAUAAGCUUUAUUAUAAAAUUAUCAAAUAACUGUUAGGUAUCUAUAUAAAUUCUGUAUUCUAUAAUUUGACUUUUUGUUGACUUCUUGUGUUGCUGAUUUGACCGGAUUUUGCUGAAAGAUCUGUUGUUUGUAUCUCCGUUAUUCUCGUAAAUAAAUGGUUGUGUAAUAGGUUUAUCUCGAAAGUUAAAUUUAUUGGGGGCAACGGUAUGUGCUGGUUUUGUUCAAAGAAAGAAUAUAUAUUGUUGUUGUUGCGGAUGUGUAGUGUGUUUAUAGUAGGUUUAUUUGAAUCUGGUUAAUGAGGAGAGUUGGGGUGAGUUCUAGUAGUAUUCCGGUAGCGAAAGGCUCGGCGGAACUUAAUCAUCAUAACCGUAAGGAGUUGAAGCAAGUGAGGGAUGGAGGUGGGCAAAGUUUGUCUGAGGAAGACGAGUCUAGGAUUAACGAGGAUAGUAGGCGUGUAGAGUUGGUGAUAUCGAAGGAUGUUGGUCAACGACAGCAUCCACAAGGGCCGCCUUUAGUUCAAUGGGAGAGGUUUUUGCCUUUUCGGUCUCUUAAAGUUUUGUUGGUUGAAGAUGAUGAUUGUACUCGACAUGUUGUUGGUGCUCUGCUACGUAACUGCAGCUACGAAGUUACUGCCGUAGCAAAUGGUCUAGAAGCUUGGAAAGUACUGAUUGAUCUCAACAAACAAAUUGAUCUUGUUCUAACCGAGGUAGUCAUGCCAUAUUUAUCAGGAAUUGGUCUUUUGUCCAAGAUCAUGAACCACAUACCGCGCAAAAAUAUUCCAGUCGUCAUGAUGUCAUCUGACGAUUCUAUGGGUAUAGUCUUUAAUUGUUUAUCCAAAGGUGCAGUUGACUUUUUAGUCAAGCCUAUUCGAAAGAAUGAGCUUAAAAACCUCUGGCAGCAUGUGUGGAGGAAGUGUCACAGUUCGAGUGGUAGUGAAAGUGAGAGUGGUAUACAUGCUCAUAGACCUACAAAUGUGAGAAGCAAUAAAGACUCAGAUGAUGAUGACAGUGAGGAAGAUGAUGACGUCAGCAUAGGCCUGACUACUAAGGAUGGAAGUGAUAAUGGAAGUGGCAAUCAGAGUUCAUGGUCAAGAAAGGCAGUAGAAGUUGAAAGUGCGAAGUAUUCAUGGGACCAUUUAGCGGGAACCCCUGAUAGCACCUGCGCCCAUGUAAUCCAUUCCAGCCCAGAUACUGUUAGCACUAAAAAGCAGGGUGGUGAGGAUGAUAUAAUUGAUGCGGUUGAAACGGGGAAAGAUUUGGAAAUAGGAGUCCCUAGAAAUUCAGAAACAAACAUGGAUUUGAGCUCAAAGGAAGUGGGUGAACCAAACACCAUGUCUACUAAUAAUGUUACGGUUGCAAAAUCAAAUAGUAUGGGAUCACCUACCCUCGAGCUCAGUUUGAAGAGAUCGCGAGACUUCGAAGAUCCUGAUACAAGUACCCAUACACGAAAUGUUCUGAGGCAAUCUGGCCUUUCAGCCUUCUCCAGGUAUAAUAACACUACAUCGAAUGGCAAUCAAGCUCCAACAGGGAUUGUAGGCAGCUGCUCACCACUAGAUUUUACCCUUAGCUCAGAAACAGGAAAACCUGUGAACAUACUAUCUAACUCAAAUGGUGCCCCAAAUCAACCUUCUAAUGGCAGUAGUACUCCCAAUAAUGACAUGGGCUCGAGCACUAACAUCGCAUUCUCUAAACCUGAACCUCCAGCCGAUGAUACAGCAAUUCUUCCUGGUCCUUCUGAAGGUGACAAGGCACAGUUUCAAGUCCGCCACCAUCACCACCAUUACCACCACCAUCACCACCAUGUUCACAAGACACAGCAGCAACAAACAGCAAUCCCGGAUGAGGGUGGAUCUUCCAGAAACAUGGUGUCUAAUGUGGCUGCCCCAGCUGAAGGAAAUGCUGCUAAUUAUGGAAGUGCAUCAGGUAGUAAUAAUAAAAGUAACGGUGAGAAUGGUAGUAGUGGCCAAAAGGGUAACAGUUAUGCUGAAGGAGGUGAUAAUGGAGUUGCUGAAAAAAGCAAAAAUGGAAAUGGAAGUGGGAGUGGAAGCGGAAGCGGAAGAGGUAGCGGGGUUGAUCCAGACCGAUUAGCUCAUAGAGAAGCAGCCCUCAACAAAUUCCGACAGAAGAGAAAAGAAAGAUGCUUUGAGAAAAAGGUACGAUACCAGAGCAGGAAAAAACUGGCAGAACAGAGACCACGUGUUCGUGGACAGUUUGUUAGACAAGGGGUGAAUGGGAAGGAUGCAGAUUCCUAACAAUUAUCUGGUGUAUGGAACGCUUAUGUAUAUGGAUAUCAUCAAGGGUGGUUGUGUAGAUAUGAAGGGAACAUUUUUAAUCAAGGACUCUUCAGAAAGAAGAAAAUUUGGAUACUCUCCUUCGUGUGGUAAGUUUUCGUUUUUUCAAAGGCUUUAAAGGUCUCCGAUUUGGUCCUAAAAGGAAAGAACCCUUUGAUGCCCAAUAAAGGAUUCUUUGAUUUGAUUUGAUUUGAUUUUUAAUGUGUCUUGUGGACUCACUUCCUUUAAAGAAACAACCUACGCCUGUCAAUUGCUCAAAAUGUACCUUCUGUGUAGAAUCUCUUUUACUUUUAUGCCUCUUGAAUACUUUGAAAUUUCUUGAUCAUGGUACUGUUAUACUAUGUCGAAAUAUUUGGUGCA